AGCGGGCGGUCGGACCUUCGGCGCCCCGCCCGGGGCGCGGGGGGGCACCGCGCUCGCGGCCAUGCAGCGCGCGUGCGAGAUGGUGCAGGCGCUGAUGAAGCCCGAGGUCGCCCUGCAGAGGACGCCGUACCACCCGCUGUGCGUCCAGAUCCUGCAGCUGCUGCAGAAGGAGGGCUUGAUUCGUGGUUUCAACGUCGAGGGCAACAGGCUGAGCAUCCUGCUGAAGCACUACCAGGGCGCGCCGGUGAUAAGGAACAUCAGAGUCGUCUCGAAGCCGAGCAGGGACAUAUGGCUGUUGCCGCACGAGCUCAAGUUCCGCACGCGCUUCAACACUGGCCUGUGGGCGACCAAUCCGACACAGCGCGUCGUUGCCGAAGUUGCGUCCCCCAUUCUCUGCCUCCUCCCCAUCGCCCGCCUCCGCCUCCUCCUUCCUCCCUUCCCCGCCCCGCCCUGCUCCGUCCCCCCCCCCCACCUCCCCCCCUCUCCUCCCGAGGAAGGGGGUGGUUUUAAGAGGAGAAAAGGAGGUGAACCAGUGAAAACCCAGGACGCAAUAACAAUGUUGCAAAAAAACCUCUCUUCAAAUUCCCUUUUCACAGUUCCCUACAAGAAUUCAGUUUCAUUGCUGGAAGUGGUCCGUCAGAGGGCAACCGUAUGAUAACCCGCAGUGGUGCCAAAACGCUGUUUUGGGGACUGCAACGCAGCGGAUGAACGGUGAUUGCUGCGUCUGAUAUCCAAAAUCGUGUCAGAACGCCGUUCCUGGUAUUUCAAAGCCGCGACUCAACGUGACUGCUGCGUCCUGACAAGCCUGGAAAAUCGCCCCUGCGACUCCCACCAGCCGUGUUUUAUGCCGCCAAAGUGUCAGCCGAAUUUACGCGUCGCGGGAGGAUGUGGGAGCCCAAAGGAGGCUGUCAGGACGACGGCCAGGAGGCAACGCACGACGAGCGUCGAGGAGGAGGAGGAGGGGGAGGAGGACGAGGACGAGGACGAGCCGGUGGCCGGCGGCAGCAGGCCAGGAGGAGACCGCAGAGGCCCCCUGCCCGUCCAGCCAGGAAGGAGGAGCCCGCCGAGGAGGAGGAGGAGGCGCCGCGCCAGAAGCCGCCGCAGAGGGAAAAGGCCCUGGAGCCGGCCGCUGAGGAGGAGGAGGAGGAGGGGGAGGAGGAAAUGGAGCCUGUCAAGAAGUUCCUGGAGGACCCCGAGGCGUGCGCUGCGGCGAACCCGGUGGCUGCAGCGCCGGCGGCGGGCGGCGGCGGGCGGCGGCGAGAAGAAGGAGGAGAGGAAGGCCGCGGCCGUGGAGGAGCAGGACGAGGACGUGGUCUUCGACCUUUUCGGCUGAGCGCACCGCGGCGGCGGCGAGCGCGCGGGCGGCCCUUCUGGAGGCAGGCGUCUUGAUCAGGGCGUCGGAGGCCCCGGGGGGUCGAGAUCAUCUGUGUGGGAGCGCCCAGUCGGCAGCUCUGAGUGGCCCGGCUUCCUCUCCCCCUGUCGCGCCGGGGCUCCUCCUCCUCAUCCGUGCACUGCGGCCUUUAAUUUGCAUAUGUCUCAAUUACACACACUGUAUUACACUGCCUUCGCAUUUUAGUAUGUUUUAGUAUGCUGCCUCGCCUAUAUGCGCAGAUGGCCGCACGCUUUCGCCCCUCGCGCGACCGCGCGGCGCGAGGCCCGGAACCCGGAGGCCGCGCCCGUUCUCCUCCUCG